GUACCGCUCGCCCCGCGCACCGCUCGCGUCCCGCCCCCCUACGCCGGGCCGCGGCGGCCGCGGGGCGGAGCGGCGCCGGCACACACCCCCUGACGCGCGCGCGGCUCCGCGCGUCGGCCGCGGCCGCUCAGCUGACACAAUGACAGACUUUGACAAGGACCUCCGACAGAGCAUGGUUUCCCAGCUGCAUGACUUCGCUGCUGUUGGCGAUGUGGUCAAGCUGAAAGCAUUGCUCAGUCGUUCCCCAACACUUAUCAAUGCAGCUGCAGAUAACGGCUGGACAGCCCUGAUGUAUGGUGCCAGAAAUGGACACCUUGAGGUUGUGCAGAUUCUUCUAGAGAAAGGGUGUGACAUGUCCAUUAUUAAUAAAUCAAGGCAGACAGCUCUGGACAUUGCUAAAUUUUGGGGAUACAAGCACAUAGCUAAUCUGUUGGCUAAUGUGAAGGGUGGGCAAAGCUCUGAUUUUUUUUCAAAUGGAGUGAAAGAAUAUGAAAAUUAUUUUGGCUUGACACUUCUGGACAGAAGGAGCGAUAAAAGAACAGAUUCCAAGUGGCUAAGCAAAAAACAAAGCCAUCCAAUGACAGUGUACAUCCUUUUCUCAAAUCUAAGUCCUUUGGUUACUUGGAAUGGAGGAGCAGAGAGCUCCCAGCAGCCAGAGAUAAAGCUCUGCAGGCUGUACCACAAGGAUGUGGAGCAGUGCAUGAAUCAAUCUGAAGAAGGCACCUUGAUUUUUCUUGGAGUUGAACUUCAGGUCCACAUGAACCUGCUGGCUGCUUACAAUGGAAGAGUUGUACAAGAAGGUGAAGAGGAUGGCUUAGUUGCUUGGUUUGCUCUUAGCAUAGAUUCUGUGUCUGCUGAGAAAAUUAAACAGAAGCAUAAGGACUGUUACUUUCUUGACCCACCAAUGCCAGCACUACUGCAGCUGCCUGAAAAAGAAGCUGGGGUAGUAGCCCAGGCUAGAUCUGUUCUAGCAUGGCACAUCCACUACCGAUUCUGCCCAACAUGUGGGAGUGCAACCAAGAUUGAAGAAGGGGGUUACAAGAAAACUUGCUUAAAAGAAGAUUGUCCCAGUCUCCAGGGUGUUCACAACACUUCAUAUCCAAGAGUUGAUCCUGUUGUGAUAAUGCAAGUCAUCCAUCCAGAUGGAAACCACUGCCUUUUAGGUAGGCAGAAGAGGUUUCCCCCAGGAAUGUUUACAUGUCUUGCUGGAUUUGUAGAACCGGGUGAAACAAUAGAAGAUGCUGUUCGAAGAGAAGUAGAAGAGGAGGCUGGAGUCAAAGUUGGCCGUGUUCAGUAUGUCUCUUGUCAGCCUUGGCCAAUGCCCUCCUCCCUGAUGAUUGGCUGCUUAGCUGUUGCAGUGUCUACAGAAAUUAAAGUUGACAAGAAUGAAAUAGAGGAUGCCCGCUGGUUCACUAAAGAACAGGUCGUGGAAAGUCUCAUUAAAGGAAACAAGCGUGUGUUCUUUGUACCACCACGUCAAGCUAUUGCACACCAGUUGAUAAAACAUUGGAUUGGAAUGAAUGCUAAUCUUUAGUUCAAAUAAUAGAUUUCUUUAAGUUAAGUUACUUCUUCUUGAGAAUGCUAAAUUAGGAAUAAAUUAUAAAGAAUUGUUUAUCUAGUAAAUGUGGAGUCACAUGAAUUUUUGAGCUUUUGGUUUGAACCUUUGGUGCCUGAGCUAAACUACACAAACGUUUGUAGAUUUGUUUCAGAUCUGAGUUAGAGCUGGACAACAACCCAGUGAUUAUCCCAAACAAGAAAGAAGCAAAUUGGUAAAAUUGGUACCUUGUUGUGCACAAACUGCUUUUUUGUUUUAGAAUCAAUUUAUUAUCCUUUUGCUGUUAUGCUCUUAAUGUUUGAUUUGGUCUUUCCUGUCCCCCACUGGAAGGAAUUGCAGCAUUACUAAGAGGCCUAACCUUGACUGCUGUUUGAACUCUGUAUCUACAUCCUCCGAUUUUGUCCUAAUUGUUUCUUUCUCAUUUUUUUUUCCUGUCUCCAUUCUUUAAAUUCUGCCUAGUAUAAAAAUACUCAGUGCUGAAAGUCUUAUCAACAACAGUUAUUUUUACGCUAAUAGCAUACUUAAGUGUUGACUAUGUAGUAUUUCUGUCUUUUACAUUAAUAGCCCUCUAAGCAGAGUAUUUAUUUCUCCAGUCUGAUUUGGCCUGCACUUGCACAAUUGUACAUCAGCCUUAAUUUAAAGGUGUAACAUAAUACUCUGUCUGUGAAAAAGGUAUUGGAGAACCAUCCCCGAAUGCCUAAAUAGUAAAUAUUUUUAUAAGAUAAUAAAUGACUCUAGGCAGUGAGUUAUUUCAUUCUCUGAUAAUUAGAAAUGGAACUUUUUAAAGAAGGAGAAAAGUAGAUCAAUUAAACAUGACAUAAUAUCUCAAAACAUGUACAGAGUUCUUUUAUGAAAAUGGACACAUUAAGAUUGUUACUUUAUUGCUAUUAAUUAUAUAAGAUAAAAACAAAAUUAUUAUUAUGAUUAUUGCUAUUAAUGGUUUUACAGUUGAAAGAGAUGUCUUAACCCCAGUUGUAAGGCUGGGAAAGCCAUAUAUGAAUUAAAGUACUUACUUAUAUAUGUUUAAUGAUGCAGUUCAGAUUUGUGCCUUAAUUUACUGUGUUAUUGAAAUAAAUGUUAACUUAGUUUUUUUUCAAAAUGGAAGGUUAUAAAAAUGUACUGGGUUUAUCAUUAAUGUCAUUAUGUAAUGGUUCAGUAGUCUGUGAUUUUUGCGGUCAUUGCAGUGAUAUAAAAAGAAAUGCAUAUGACCUAAAGACAAUGAUAGUCAUAAGUGUUAACCUGUUACCAUAUGGUGAUUUGUUUGUUCAGAGUAAUUACAAUAUAUUUUUAAUCAGUGAAUGAUAGCAGAUUUGUUUCAAAAUUCUCUGCAAACUCGAAUCAAUAAAAAUGUUUUACAAAUCCUGA